GGAGCGCGGCUGCUCCGUGCCCUGUGCGCUCCGCUGCGUUUUCACCGUCGCUCCGUGUUCCCCCGGCCGCCUCCCCCGCUCUGCCCCGUCGGGCCGGCGCCGCCGGGGCGGGCGCACCCAUCCGCACCUUCUGGGGCCGCUCAGCCCGGCCGGGUCCUGCCCGCUCCGCCUGCUGAGGGCUGUAGAUCUCUGCACGCCGCUCGCCCACCCCGCUGUUCGCCAUGGCCCGCGGGAAGGCCAAGGACGGUGAUGGCAACUGGAAGAAAUUCAUCUGGAACUCGGAGAAGAAGGAGCUGCUGGGCCGCACUGGGGGCAGCUGGUUUAAGAUUCUCCUCUUCUAUGUCAUCUUCUACGGUUGCCUGGCAGGUAUAUUCAUUGGGACCAUCCAAGUGAUGUUGCUCACUGUCAGUGAAUUUGAGCCCAAAUACCAGGAUCGAGUGGCACCUCCAGGACUGACUCAAGUCCCCCAGGUUCAAAAGACAGAAAUUGCCUUCACUGCCUCUGAUCCCAGAAGUUAUGAACCCUAUGUGAGGAACUUGGCUAAUUUCUUAAGGGACUACAGUGAUGAGCAACAAACUGAAAACAUCGUGUUUCAGGACUGUGGAGACACACCUACUGAAUACAAAGAGAGAGGACCAUAUAAUGAUGCCCAGGGCCAGAAGAAGGUCUGCAAAUUCAAACGUGAAUGGCUGGAAAACUGUUCUGGGUUAAAUGAUCCCACCUAUGGCUACAAGGAUGGCAAACCAUGCAUCCUUGUCAAGCUCAACAGAAUUAUUGGCUUCAAACCUCAGGCUCCAAUCAAUGAAAGCCUGCCUCCUGAGAUUAUGGCAAAAUACAACCCAAAUCUCAUCCCUGUCCACUGUGUUGCCAAGCGAGAGGAAGAUGCAGACAAAAUUGGCACGGUGGAGUACUAUGGGAUGGGCGGCUACCCUGGCUUCGGGCUGCAGUACUACCCCUACUAUGGGAAGCUGCUGCAGCCACGGUACCUGCAGCCGCUGGUGGCUGUGCAGUUCACCAACCUGACCUACGACAUGGAGGUGCGCGUGGAGUGCAGGGCCUAUGGGCAGAAUAUCGUCUACAGUGACAAGGACCGCUUCCAGGGACGCUUUGAUAUUAAAUUUGACAUUAAAAGCAGCUGAUCGUAAGCACACCUCUCUUCCUCCCCCCUCCUCCUAGCCAUUUAAAAAGGUUAAAAAAAAAAAAGAACAAAAUAGAAAAUCUACUAGUCUUGAACAAACUGUCAUACGUAUGGGACCUACACGUAAUCUAUAUGCUUUACACUAGCUUUCUGCAUUUACUAGGUUAGAAUGUAAACAAAGUGUAGCAAUAGCGACAAAUAUUUAUUCUACUGUAAAUGACAAAAGAAAACAAAAUUGAGCCUUGGGACAUGCCCAUUUUUACUGUAAAUUAUGAUUCCAUAACUGACUUGUAGUAAGCAGUGUUUCUGGCCCCUAAGUAUUGCUGCCUUGUGUAUUUUAUUUAGUGUACAGUACUAUAGGUGCAUACUCUGGUCAUUUUUCAAGCCAUGUAUUGUAUCUGUUUUCUACUUCUUGUGAGCAAAGACUUCUGCUAUCCAAGGUGUAAAUACUCAAUGGGACUAGAACUGGCAUGAAACUUCUCAUUAUUUUGUUCCUUUUCAAAGAAAGGCCCACCUGUGAGAAGAUAUUUAACAGCACUCCAUAAGGCUUCUGGCUUUUCUGUGGUAUUAGGGUAUUUUAUUUGGAGGGGUGGCAGGGAAACUAACUUAAGUGAAGUCAAAGAGAAUAGGUGAUUGUGUACUGUGCUUUGUAGCGAAUGCUGUCUCUCUCUCCACCUCUUCCCUUAUCCUCCAGUACGUUGUGUGAGAGACUGGGUCAGGCUAUCACUCUCCUCAGUGAUAGGCAUAACUCUUUGCUUUGUAUAUUUUCUUUUCUUUUUUUCCUGCUGAAGGCAUCGCACACUGUGGUGCUAAUGUCUUUAUUGAAUGUUUUAGCCAUUUUCAUGGUGGAAGAAUUUUAUAUUUAUGCAGUUGUACAAUUUUAUUUUUUCUGCAAGAAAGUGUAAUGUAUGAAAUAAACCAAAGUCACAUGUUUGAAAAUAAAUCUUUAUUUUAAACUUUAUAAAAGCAAUGCAGUACCCCAUAGAAUGGUGUUAAAUGUUGUCUAAAGUGCAAAACUCUAUGUUCUAACAUGUAAUAAUAGCCAGGAGUACAGUGCUCUUGUUGAUCUUGUAUUUCAGUCAGGUUGAAACAUUGGACAAAUAAAUGAAUGAACACACA